AUGAAGCUCAAUAUUGUGAGAAUUUUCCCUGUUUUCAUGUCAAUUUUUUCGGUACCCCUAGUUUGAAUGUGCGGCUAAUUCUUUAACAAAAUCUAGGCGUAAGUUACACUUUCCCUCAUUACACCAAACUGCAUUUUCGCGUGACCCUCCUUGGAUAUAGAAUUAGCGGAGGGGCGGAUUGGGAUAGGAGUAAGGAGAAGGACAGGGUGUGGAUCCAUCAAGGCUAACUCGCCUUACAGCUAUCCCGCCAACGGGUCACAAAAACUCAUUGAAAUCGAAGAUGAGCGUCGUCUCCGUGUCUUCAUGGAUAAGCGUAUGGGACAAGAGGUGCCUGGUGACUCUGUUGGACCGGAAUUUGCUGGAUAUAUUUUCAAGAUCACCGGUGGUAACGACAAACAAGGUUUCCCUAUGAAGCAGGGGGUCAUGCACCCUUCUCGUGUCAAGCUCCUCCUCUCUAAGGGGCACUCUUGCUACCGCCCCCGCAGGACCGGAGAGAGGAAGCGCAAGUCUGUUCGUGGAUGUAUUGUAGCCGGAGAUCUCGCUGUUCUUUCUCUCGUUGUUGUCAAGCAGGGUGACGGUGAUGUCGCUGGAUUGACGGAUGUUACCCAUCCUAAGAGACUCGGACCCAAGCGUGCUACCAAGAUCAGGAAAUUUUUCAGUUUGACUGAGGAUGAUGAUGUAUGUUUUCGCUAUUUAAAGGCGGCGGGUGGGUAUCGGGUUGGUAGCGGUGGCUUAUUGCAUAUGGCACAAAUAGGUUCGCAAGUUCGUUAUCCGCCGCGAAGUCCAGCCCAAGGGUGAAGGGAAGGCGCCAUACACCAAGGCUCCUAAGAUCCAGAGGCUCGUUACCCCUCAACGUCUUCAGCACAAGCGUCACAGAGUCGCCCUCAAGAGAAGGAGAGCGGAGGCUUCCAAGGAUGCUGCGGUAAGUCUGAAGUCGUUUGCUUGCACUGCGCCACAUUGUUGACACGAGUAUAGAAUGAAUACGCAGCUCUCCUCGCCAAACGUGUCCAGGAAGAGAACGCAAAACGUUCUGAGAUACGCAAACGCCGUGCUUCUUCUAUGAGGCCCGAGAAGAAGGAAAAGGCGUAAGCGUUUGUAGGUGGCGGUGGCCAACAAAAAAAAUUCAAAAAAAAUCCUUUGGUGCGAAUGGGUGGGGUGGUCGGAAUUAAAGUGUUUUUUUUUUUCCUCCUUUUUUCACCUGUACCUUUUUCACUAAAUAAAAUGACCUUCUCUUUCAUCAGCCCAGGAGAAGAGGUCAUCUCGUUUCUAGUAUUGGGAGUUUGUCCGGGAAACCUGGGAGCGCUGGUGUAGAUUGACGCAACUUUCACGAAAUUAAACGGGGAUCUUUAAAAUUU